GUGCAGGAGCUGUCACCUGAGUGGCCUGAGGAAAACAGGCCUGUGUGGCGCUUAGGUAGCUCGGUGUGCAGACCUGCAGCCUCUGGCUUGGCUCCAAGUCUUCAAGUGCCUAGCAGAGGUUCAUCGUGUGACUGACUCCUCCCAGAACAGGAGAGCUGGGAAGAGGGUGCUAGGUCAGCCCCAGGUUGCAAUUAAGGUCUUUUGCAUCUUAUUUACAUAGUGCACUUGAGGGGGCAAAGGGGAGUCCCACCAGUCCCAAGGCAAUCAGGCUUUCAGAACCCUAGGGACAGGGGUGGAGCCCUCUGCACAGCCUCGCAGCUGGGGCAGGAAGCGAGAGUGGGGAGGGGGAAGGCCACAGCCCGCAGAGUUCAAGGCGGGCCCAGGACUUGUGGAGACAGAGGGAGAAACCAAAACCAGAGCCCUGAGGCCCUGCUGGCCCCUGGGCACCGGCCCAGCCCCGGGCUCCAGGGAUGGCCCUUGUUGACCCCGACAUCUUUAAUAAGGACCCCCGAGAACACUAUGACCUAUUGCAGCGACUGGGCGGUGGAACUUAUGGAGAAGUCUUCAAGGCUCGUGACAAGGUGUCUAAGGACCUGGUGGCUUUGAAGAUGGUGAAGAUGGAGCCUGACGACGAUGUCUCCACCCUCCAGAAGGAGAUUCUCAUGCUGAAAACUUGCCGGCAUGCCAACAUCGUGGCUUACCAUGGCAGUUACCUCUGGCUACAGAAGCUCUGGAUCUGCAUGGAAUUCUGUGGGGCUGGUUCUCUCCAGGACAUCUACCAAGUGACUGGCUCUCUGUCUGAGCUCCAGAUCAGCUGUGUGUGCCGGGAAGUGCUCCAGGGUCUGGCCUACUUGCACUCACAAAAGAAGAUACACCGAGACAUCAAGGGAGCCAACAUCCUCAUCAAUGACUCUGGGGAGGUUAAGCUGGCUGACUUUGGGAUCUCAGCCCAGAUUGGAGCGACACUGGCCAGGCGCCUCUCCUUCAUUGGGACACCAUACUGGAUGGCUCCAGAGGUGGCAGCUGUGGACAUGAAGGGUGGAUACAAUGAGCUGUGUGACAUCUGGUCUCUUGGCAUCACAGCCAUUGAACUGGCUGAGCUCCAACCACCCCUCUUUGACGUGCACCCUCUCAGGGUUCUCUUCCUCAUGACAAAGAGUGGCUACCAGCCUCCUCGGCUAAAGGAAAAAGGCAAAUGGUCGUCUGCCUUCCACAACUUUAUCAAAGUCACCCUCACUAAGAACCCCAAGAAACGCCCUGGUGCUGCCAAGAUGCUCAGUCAUCAGUUGGUGUGCCAGCCAGGGCUGAACAUGGGCCUGAUCUUGAAUCUUCUUGACAAAAUGAGGAACCCUGGGAAGGGGUCGCCUGUUGGCGAGAUUGAAGAUGAGGAACCUGAGCCACCCCCUGCCAUCCCUCGGAGGAUCAGAUCUACCCACCGGGCCAGCUCACUGGGGAUCCCAGACACUGACUGCUGUCGGCGGCACAUGGAGUUCCAGAAACUCAGAGGAGCGGAGCCUAGACCCGCAGCUGACACGGUUUGCGUACAGCCCCCUGAAGACUUCCGGAGUGCCAGUCCCAGGAGCCACCUGUCAGAGACUGAUGACGACUACGAUGAUGUGGACAUCCCUGCCCCAGCAGAGGACGUACCUCCUCCACUGCCCCCCAAGCCCAAGUUCCGGUCCCCAUCCGAUUAUGGUUCUGGAGGGGUAGGGGACGACGGACAACUGAGCCCAGGGGUGCUGGUCCGGUGUGCCAGUGGGCCUCCUCCACGUACUCCCCGACCUGGACCUCCCCCAGUCACACGCAGCCCCCACCUCACAGCCCACUCAGAUCCCUCACUCUGGAACCCAGCUGCUCCAGAGCCAGGCCAGCCCCCACUCCUACCCCCUAAAAAGGAAAAGAUGCGGAGAAAGAUGGAGAAAGCCAAGCGCCGAGAGGGAUGUGCCCUCCUUGUGAAAUUAUUCAACGGCUGCCCCCUCCAGAUCCACAGCACAGCUGCCUGGACACAUCCCUCUACUAAAGACCAACAUCUGCUCCUGGGUGCCGAGGAAGGCAUUUUCAUACUGAACCGGAAUGAUCAGGACGCCACGCUGGAGAUGGGAAGACCCCCCACCUGUACUCUCAUAGCAUCCUAGGCCUCCUGGAGAGCAAGGAGAUCCGGACAGGAAGCCCCAUUGCUCACAUCAGUCCUCACCGCUUUCUGGCAAGAAAGAACAUGGUCUCCACUAAGGUCCAGGACACCAAAGGCUGCCGAGCCUGCUGUGUGGCUGCUGCAGGAGCUGAGAGACCCCACACUUACCUUCCGUCUGCUCGGCUCCCCCAGGUAUGGACAGAGGAUGGGGGGGCUGCGGCUGUUUCCUCUUUGGCUUCGAGCACCCUUCCACACUGGUUUGCUAAGUUCCCUCCUGAGGCUCCAGCUCUACCCUGAUUCUUGGAUCCUUGGCCAGCCUCCUGGGGUAGCAGCCCCGAGUCUCUGAAUUCCUUUAGCUUACCAUUCACGUUGGGAGCGUGGACACCCAAGGCUCCUUCACUAUUGCUGCUGGGAGUCAGUGUCUCACUGGGAGGCCCCGCUUGUGCUCUAGUUCUCUCUUUUAUUACCCGGGAGGGCAGGGGGUGCCACACAGGGCACCUGGGGAUCAGAGGACAUCUUUGGGAGACGAUUCUCUCCUUCUACCAUGCGGGUCCCAGGGACUGAACCUAGGUCAUUAAGUUUGGUGGCAAGCACCUUCGCCUGCUGAGCCAUUCACCAGCCCUCUUCAGACUCCUUACUUUUGUGGCUGAGGACAGCCUUGAACCCCAGAUCUUCCUGCCUCCACCUCCCAGUUGUUGGGAUCCUAGGCAUGUGCCACCAUGCCCGCUUAGUCAUCGUCACAGCCCAGAAUCGGAACCGCACACUUUCUAUUAACUACUUUGAGAAUGAAAUAAUGAAUGAACGAAUGAAUGAAUGACUCGGCCUCUCUCUUCUUCAGGCCUGUUGUGGUGGAGACACUGCCCUCGGCUCCCCCCACCGCCCCUAGCAACCUCUAUAUCCAGGAAUGAGCCUCUGAGAGGGCAUGAGACGUGGACCCCUGCAGACUCUAACAGACACCAGUGGUCACGACAUGUCCUUAUCUUCCAAUAAACACGACCUCAGUCUGUU